GUCACCUACGCAUAUGACAGACGGUAUGUAGAAGAUAGUUAAUGACUUGAAAAACAUCUCAAAAUUAAAAAAUAAUUAAAAUGUUUCGAGUAAUACUAAAAAGUGUGGUACCAGGAUUCCCAAAGUCUGGGCUCAGUAGAGGAUCUCAGCAAGAAUUAGCGCUUCGUACAAUCUUACUAGGAACAAAAUCCUUAUCGAACUCCGUUGACGCUGAUAAGUUUUCACUAAAGCAUGAGGAAGUUGGAAGACCAUUGUAUUUCGACGCACAAGCUACAACACCAAUGGAUCCUAGAGUUUUAGAUGCUAUGCUGCCCUAUCUUGUAAGUCACCAUGGUAACCCUCAUUCAAGAACCCAUGCCUAUGGAUGGGAGAGUGAAGCUGCCGUUGAGAAAGCAAGAGAACAAGUUGCAAAUUUGAUAGGAGCUGAUCCUAAAGAAAUAAUAUUUACUUCUGGAGCAACAGAAUCAAAUAAUAUAUCAAUUAAAGGAGUAGCAAGAUUCUAUGCACCAAGAAAAAAGCAUGUUGUUACUACACAGAUUGAACAUAAGUGUGUUUUAGAUUCAUGCAGAGUAUUAGAAGGAGAAGGCUUUAAGGUCACAUAUUUGCCUGUUGGCACAAAUGGUAUUAUAAAGUUGCAGGAUUUAGAGGCUGCUAUCACUCCCGAAACGAGUUUGGUUUCAAUAAUGACUGUUAAUAAUGAAAUUGGUGUUAAACAACCUAUAGCCGAUAUUGGAGCAAUAUGUAAGAAAAAUAAAAUAUUCUUCCACACUGAUGCAGCACAAGCUUUAGGAAAAAUACCUCUUGAUGUGAAUGAAAUGAAUAUUGACUUGAUGUCUAUAUCUGGUCAUAAAAUUUAUGGACCAAAGGGAGUUGGCGCUCUGUACAUUAGACGCAGACCUAGAGUUCGUGUUGAGCCAAUCCAAAGUGGAGGGGGGCAAGAAAGAGGAAUGAGAAGUGGCACAGUACCAACUCCACUAGUAGUUGGACUAGGUGCUGCAUGUGAAAUAUCACAACGCGAAAUGGCUUAUGAUCAUGCAUGGAUGGAACAACUGGCUAAAAGAUUCCUUGACAAGAUUAACUCAAAAUUGACACAUGUUAUAAGAAAUGGUGAUGAGGAACAAUCAUAUCCUGGAUGUAUUAACCUAUCAUUUGCAUAUGUAGAAGGUGAAUCACUAUUAAUGGCUUUAAAAGACAUUGCCUUGUCAAGUGGUUCAGCAUGCACAUCGGCAUCUCUGGAACCAUCAUAUGUAUUAAGAGCAAUUGGAGCUGAUGAAGAUUUAGCGCAUAGUUCCAUUAGAUUUGGCUUGGGAAGAUUUACAACAACAGAUGAAGUAGAUUACACAGCUGAAAAAACUAUAAGACAUGUUGAGCGUCUUAGGGAGAUGAGUCCUCUUUGGGAGAUGGUGCAGGAAGGUGUAGACAUCAAAACAAUUCAGUGGUCUCAACAUUAAGUACCCCUUACCAACUCUUGUAUGCAUAUAAAGAUGACCGAAUCAUGUAUGAAUGACUUUGUGAUAUUAUAAAAUUUAAAUGAUAACCUUGAUAAGGUCUAAUUUUUUCGUUAGUAGCAUAUGUAUACUGUUUGAAGUAAAUUUUUGUUCCUACAUUGUAUAAAAGACAAAAACGUGUUUUUUUUUAAUUAAACAAACAUGGUUAUGUUCUGAUAUAUUAAUCUGUAAUAUUUAUGAUUGUAUGACUUAAGAGAAUGUUUACAGAAAUGAAAUUCUAAAAUAUUAUUAUAAAUUUAAUUAGAGCCAUUUAAAUAAUUACACUAAAAUACAAUACAUUUAUUCAUAAUAUUCAAAGCACGCCAAUUUUGUCAUGAUACAUUAUUGAUUAUAUUAAAUAAGAAACCCCUUCGCAACACAGCUGUCAAACAUUAAAAACAGGUAACAGGAUUUCAGAUUGUAUUUUUUAGAUCUGACAUUAUAUAAUAAUUGUUGUUGAUAUUGAAUGUUUAUUGUGUUUUUAAAUUAUUGUUUUGGAAUAGAUAAAAGCUAAUUUAACCAAAAUUAUUAAUACCCAUAUAAAAUUAGCAUUACCUGUUUACACAUCUUCUAUGUCCUUCCACCUCUCAUGUUAUUUAAAUAAAUGACAUCAUCAAAUAGCUUGUGUAAAAUUAUAAAAUUAAAGCACUGGAUUCUUACUAUAUGUUAUUUGUUUAAGUUCAAAUUUAAAUUUGUUAGUUUGUUACUUA